AUGAAGGCUCUGCUGCUGCUGGUUCUACCCUGGCUCAGCCCAGCCAACUACACUGACAAUGUGGGCAACUUGCACAUCCUCUACUCUGAGCUGUGAGUACUGUACCACUGUACCACUCAGCAUAGACCUGCUGCAUCCAUUCACCCCCAUCACAUCACCCCAUCACUCCCCUCCAACAUCAGCAACCCAUGCAGCCAUGCAGUGUGUGUGUGUGUAUCUGUGUGAGCAUGCGAUAGUGUAUGUCUGUGUAUGUGCAUGUUUGUGCGUGUGUGUUUGUGUUUUAAUCUGGCUAUAAAGAGAGUGUAUGGCUCUAUGGCCAUUUGCUCUGUUAUUAACUUGGAUAAAGGUUUCUGUAGCAGUGGCCAUUGGUUGCCUUUGCAGCGGGAUGCGGUUGCUGUGGCAGGUAUAGGGUUUUGUGCAGACAAGGUCUGUUUGGAUGCUCCAGAGCAGCACUGCAGCAUGGGAGCGCUCUCAUCAGGACUGCGGGAUGUGAUGUGUGUGUGUGUGUUUACUGUUGCUGUGUGUGUGUGCGGUCUAUUGAUUUGUAACUAAAUGUGAACCUGUGUACGGCUGUUGCUAAAUGCUUUGAUGGUCUCUGUAUGUGUGCGAUAUUUAGUUAUUCAUGAGUUAUUCAGAUGUGGAGUACAUACUUGGCCAUACCUGUGUGAGAGUGCCUGUUUGAUACUUCCUUCAUUCUAGUAGGAUUGUUUUAUAGCAGGUCUCCAGUAGAGCACCUCUUGUACUUCUGCUUGUUCACUGUGUGUGAAUAGUCAUGUUCACAAGGAGCAUUCCAACCAAAACAAAGAGCAAACACUUGCUAUAUCCACUCAGAGAAACAUAUUCAUCGCUAUAAACAUCACAGCAACACAAAAACACAGACAUUCACCAAUCACCACUGCAACAAUCAUCCAGAAAGAUACACAAGAUGCACAGCAAACCACAACAACAACAACCAUAACCCUUCGGAAUAAAAAACAUAUCCACACACACACAGCUCAUUCAGUCAUAGUUAAUGUGAAACGCACUCUUACUGAGGCACUUUGACACCAUGGCAACAACCCCCUCAUCUAGCCAGCUGAAUUCAUCAUACUGAGGAAUGGAUGAUGAUCUCACUUCCUAUUUAAUUCCACUGGCUCAGGUUCUCAUGUUUUAAAAUAGAUACCAUCCUCCAUAAAGUAAGCCUAAACAAGUGCUGCAUAGUUACUGUUGAUUUUCAUUAUAGGUUUGCAAGUGUGGAUAAUUGCGUGUUGUAUGUAGAGAUUUGGGCUGUGCAGCUGAAUCUUAUUUGUGAAUAUAGGUUUGGGUCUGUGUGUGUGUUUCUAAGUGUGUCUAUAUCGGUAUACUCUUUCUACGGUUUGACUAUGUGGGCAUUCAUUCUCUUUGUAUGCAUAUAGACUGAGUCUUUCUGGGAAUAGUCUAUAUUGGCCCUCAGUGCUUUCUGUCUCUCUCAGUGAUAUUGGCUAUACUCAGCAGACUUGUGAAACCUGGGGCUCACAGAUCUCUAAGCUGGUAUCCUUCUGUCCUCGCCAGUCCCCAGUCUGAAGGAAAUGUCCCAUUAUGCUGCAUGAAUACAGGGAACAAUGCAACGCUUUACCAAUUCUCCUAUUCCAUGAAUAGUGAGGAUCCUCUAUUGAGUGGAGCUUUAGCUCCUGCAGACACUCAGAUCCCCUAUUGGACAGCUAUGCAUCCUAGAGAGAUGGGGGAGAGGAGAGGGGGAGAGGGAGAGAGGAGAGAAUAGGAUUGGAGAGGAGACCAGGGAAAGAGAUGGCAAGAGAACAGGUGGGGGAGGAGAGGUAUCAGAAAGGGGAGAGAUGGCGAGAGGGGGAAAGGAGAAAGAGGGGAGGAGAGGAGAGGAUGUUAAAGGAGGAGAGAAGAGGUGCAAUGAGAAUAGAAUAGAAAUAGAAAGAAGGGUAUAGAGGAGGAAGGAAAGAGGGGAGGAGAGAGUAGAGGAUAAGGUCACUUCCUGGCCCUGCAUCCCAUCUGUCCAUGCAUACGGCUGCCAUAGCAAUGGGACCGUGAGGGGCCCGUUGGGAGCACGUUCAGCAUGUGGGUCAUUCCAAUGAGGGAUUGUUUGUAAAUACCGUGAGUGCUUUCUCUCCUCUCCUCGUGUGUGUGUGUAUCUGUGUGUGUUUCUGUGUGUCUGUGACAGGGGGCAUUUGUUGAUUAUGACACGAUAGAUAGGGAAAAAAGGAGCAGACAAAUGCAGACAGUGUUUUUCUGGCUGGCUGGAGAGCUGGCUGGAGAGCUGGCUGGAGAUCUAUGGCAUACCAUUAAUCUUUAUCCACAGCCCUGACAGCCAGGAGCAGCCUUCAGCUCUGCUCCCUCUGUGGGACCAGCAUUUCAUCUCUCUCAUCCUCUUUAGCUCUCUUCCUCUCACUACGCUUUUCUCUGCCUCUCUCUCGGUUGUCUGCCCUGCAUUUCUCUGUUUACCACUAAAGUGAUUUAAUUAUAUGAGAGAAAUGAUAUUGUAUUGUAUGUUAUCUUGCACACACAUACACAGACAGUAUACAGUACAGUAGAGAGAGGGAGAGGAGAGAGAGAGAGAGAGAGAGAGAGAGAGAGAGAGAGAGAGAGAAGAGAGCUCGAUAAUCACGAAGAAGAUACUCUAUCUCUCUAUCUCCACAUCUAUCGAUCUCUAUAGACUAGAGCGAGAGAUAUAUAUAUCUCAGAUUCUCUCUCUAUCUCUCUUCUCUCUCUCCCGCCUCUCUCUCCUCUCUCUCUCUCUCACUCUAAUCUCUCCUCUCUCUCUCCAUCUCUCGAGAAUAGGUGUUGUUGUUCCGUAUUGAAAUCUUUAAUAGAGUUACCACCAUUGCUCUCUGUCAGCACCAGCCAAUUGAAACGUAGCACUGGCACACACACACAAGAGCACCUAUGACGUUUCUCUCCAUGUGUCCCUGUACAUAUUGUACACGGGGGGCCAGUAUGAAAAAUUUAUGCACUCACUAAUUGGAAGUCACUCUGGAUAAGAGCGUCUGCUAAAUUACUAAAAUGUAAAUGUAAAUGUACACACACACACGCGCACUAACGCACACACACACGCACAAACAAAAAAAUCGCACAAAAGACAUGAACGCUGCGUCCACUUACCACCCCUUUAGCAAACAUAUACAUAAUCCACUCCAUUUUUCCAUAACACACACACGCACACACUGCCACACACGUCUCACCCCUCCCCCAGCACACAUGCCCUCUACUCCCCUGAUAAUCACAUUGCAGUGCUAUCGAGUGUUAAUUAUGAAUUUGUGUUCAUUUCUGGGGCCUGGGCUGGCUUGCCUUAAACACUAUGAUUGGUUUAGCGUCCGUCCUUUCAACCUGAAUCUCCAAGGUGUUUGAUCUCCCCUAAAGCUUGACGUAGAGAGAGCUGCGGCGUACUCCCAGUGCUCCCAGAGCCUUCCGCACUGACGUAUCCUAACAGGAUUAGCCGCCGCCUGGCCACAGAGUAGGGGAUCUGAACGAUAAGAGGCAUUUGUUUAUUCCAGGUCCAUCCCAUCCCCAGUCAAAGACAUACCGUACCCUGACUACCAUCCCGGCCCAGGCCCAUCUUAGUCUUGUGGCUGGGUGGAGGGCUUGCUUCACUAAUUACACUUUUGUUUGGAUUAAAUAUAAAUCAUUUUUCUGCGGUCAGGCGGCUCUCCCUGUCUCAGCGCAUCUGUCAGGCUGAGGUCAGAGGAAUGGAGCAGAGGAGGGUAUAGAGGCUAUGAUUAAAUCAGGACAACAGACAAAAUCUUAUCCAACUGUACACGCAAAUGUACUUUCUCACUGGAGACCAUUCUGACCACCUGACUCCACAUUGUUAGUGGUUGAUGCUCACAUACCAUGCAUAAAACGCACUUCAUGUAGCUAUACUCUAACAUAGGAACAUACAGUGCCUUCGGAAAGUAUUCAGACCCAUUUACUUUUUCUACAUUUUGUUAGGUUACAGCCUUAUUCUAAAAUGGAUUAAAUAGUUUUUUCCCCUCAUCAAUCUACACAUAAUAACCCAUAAUGACAAAGCAAAAACAGGUUUUUAGAAAUGUUUGCUAAUUUAUAAAAUAAAAUAAAACUGAAAUAUAACAUUUACAUAAGUAUUCAAACCCUUUACUCAGUGCUUUGUUGAAGCAUCUUUGGCAGCGAUUACAGACUUGAGUCUUCUUGGGUAUGAAGCUACAAGCUUGGCACACCUGUAUUUGGGGAGUUUCUCCCAUUCUUCUCUGCAGAUCCUCUCAAGCUCUGUCAGGUUGGAUGGCGAGCGUUGCUGCACAGCUAUUUUCAGGUCUCUCCAGAGAUGUUCGAUCAGGUUCAAGUCUGGGCUCUGGCUGGGCCACUCAAGGACAUUCAGAGACUUGUCCCGAAGCCACUCCUGCGUUGUCUUGGCUGUGUGCUUAGGGCCAUUGUCCUGUUGGAAGGUGAACCUUCGCCCCAGUCUAAGGUCCAGAGCGCUCUGGAGCAGGUUUUCAUUAAGGAUCUCUCUGUACUUUGCUCUGUUCAUCUUUGCCUCAAUCCUGACUAGUCUCCCUGCCGCUGAAAAACAUCCCCACAGCAUGAUGCUGCCACCGCCAUGCUUCACCGUAGGGAUGGUGCCAGGUUUUCUUCCAGACGUGACACUUGACAUUCAGGCCAAAGAGUUCAAGCUUGGUUUCAUCAGACCAGAGAAUCUUGUUUCUCAUGGCCUGAGAGUCUUUUGUGCCUUUUGGUAAACUCCAAGCGGGCUGUCAUGUGCCUUUUACUGAGGAGUGGCUUCCGUCUGGCCACUCUACCAUAAAGGCCUGAUUGGUGGAGUGCUGCAGAGAUGGUAGUCCUUCUGGAAGGUUCUCCCAUCUCCACAGAGGAACUCUAGAGCUCUGUCAGAGUGACCAUCGGGUUCUUGGUCACCUCCCUGACCAAGGCCCUUCUCCCCUGAUUGCUCAGUUUGGAAGAGUCUUGGUAGUUCCAAACUUCUUCCAUUUAAGAAUGAUGGAGGCCACUGUGUUUUUGGGGACCUUCAAUGCUGCAGACAUUUUUUGGUACCCUUCCCCAGAUCUGUGCCUUGAUACAAUCCUGUCUUGGAGCUCUACCAAUAAUUCCUUCGACCUCAUGGCUUGGUUUUUUCUCUGACAUGCACUGUCAACUUUGGGACCUUAUAUAGACAGGUGUGUGCCUUUCCAAAUCAUGUCCAAUCAAUUGAAUUUACCACAGGUGGACUCCAAUCAAGUUGUAGAAACAUCUCAAGGAUGAUCAAUGGAAACAGGAUGCACCUGAGCUCAAUUUCGAGUCUCAUAGCAAAGGGUCUGAAAACUUAUUUAAAUAUUUAUUUGUUAUUAAUUUGCACAAAUUUAUAAAAACCAGUUUUUCGCUUUGUCAUUAUUGGGUAUUGCGUGUAGAUUGCUGAGGAUUUGUAUUUAUCUAAUCCAUUUUAGAAUAAGGCUGUAACGUAACAAAAUGUGGGAAAAGUCAAGGCGUCUGAAUACUUUCCGAAGGUACUGUACAAUAUGUAUGGAUGAACAGACAACUGUGAUGUGUGAUAUCACUUCCACCCAAACAUGAAUGUAAAGGACACACUUAGAGAGAGAGAGAUACUGUAUCUGCACAUACGCACGCACACGUGCACAUAGACGCACACACACACACACACACACACACACACACACACACACACACACACACACACACACAGAGGUACACAUUAUCACACGACCCAUGCGUAGCCUACACAUACACACACACAAAAGCAGUGAUUAAUUAUUUCAGAAAAUAAUUAAUGCAUGAGAGAAAGAGAGCAGAGGGUAGUCUUUGUAACUUUGAGAGUCUUCUCCUCUAAUGUCAUACAGACAUGUUGAGCAUGGCCCGCGGGAGACUAGGUUAGCUUGGAGGACAAGGGGAGGCGAUGAAGAUUGGGUGGUUAGAGAGAUGCAAUGUCUAUGCAAGGCAGAGUUCUAUUAAAUAUACUGUGUUGAUUGGGUGGGUAUGAAUGUUGCAGCACAUAUGUUUGUUUGUGCAUGUAUACUGUAGUACUGUAGUAUUCUACUGCCUAACUGUAGCGUAAAAUAAUGACACAUACUGAAGAAUGACAAGGCAUUCAUACCAUCCUGUUGAAUAGGACUCUGGUCUGCCUGUAUCAGUGUGUCUCUGGUCUGCCUGUAUCAGUGUGUCUCUGGUCUGCCUGUAUCAGUGUGUCUUUGGUCUACCUGUAUCAGUGUGUCUUUGGUCUACCUGUAUCAGUGUGUCUUUGGUCUACCUGUAUCAGUGUGUCUCUGGUCUGCCUGUAUCAGUGUGUCUUUGGUCUACCUGUAUCAGUGUGUCUUUGGUCUACCUGUAUCCGUGUGUAUAUUGAGCUGCAGCCUGUUCUACAAGGUGGAUAUCUCUCCUCUGCUGACUGUCUUAUCGGCACGGUCACGUUCCUUAUGAGUGGCCAGCACAGACAGUGGAGCACAGCUAUCUCAGAGACAGAGAGAGAGAGGGAGAGAGAGCGAGACAGAGGAGAGAGGGAGGAGAGGAGAUGAGAGGAAAGCAGGAGCUAGUCUAAUCUGUCAUGUCAGUGAUGUGAUGUGAUGCCCUGGCUGCCUCGUACCACGCCCCCUGGCCACGCCCCAGGCCACACGUCACCCAGCGACCGUGGCGCGUAGCGGGAAACAAAUAGGGCCCAGCGGAACUAUGGUAAGGCACUGCAGGGAUAGUUUCUGUGGUGACCUUGUUUCCAUGGGGGGUGGACAGGCUGGUGGAGGCACGGGUUCCACGGCAACACGGCCCACCAGCCCGCUCUCUGACCAUGUGACCAUGUGAUAAAUGAGACCAUAGAGAGCAGAGGCAUGCAGAGUGGCACCUAGAGCACUGUGGGAUACUAGCAGAAAGGGAACACAUGACUCCACUUAGCAGGGGGUAAUAUUGGAGUGUUACCCAUGACACACACACAGAAACACAAUAUUGCACAUUCUGACAGAAUACCAGAUAUGUGAAAUGUUUUGUAUGCUAGGCUACUCUGGCGCUAUAUUAGUAGCAUGUUAGGGGAAAGUAAGCUAAUCACUUUAACGAAAUACAAUACAAGUCUAAGUUAAUAGGAGAUUACAACAGAGAUACAUCUAUUAUUCAUUUAUACUCUACUAGCACACUCACGUACAUAUAACUAUACACCCACACCCACACACAGGCCUCUAAAGUCACAGUGAAUAGAAUAUAUAAUUCACCAACAGGUCCUCUGGAGGCUGUCCUUGACUGCCUUUUAACAUUAAAGGUUCUCACGCUCACACAUACACACACGCAUGUAAAGUGCACACACAUACACACUCACAAAAACCUCCACAUACUUUACCUAGUAUGUGUGUUUCCCUUAGUGUGUUUCUCAAACACAUCAAAGACUCUCACAGUGCUGGAAAAGAAUGAUACAGACAUAAUUCCCACUGCAGUCAUUCUUGCCUGCCAUGGUAUUGGCCUUAUAGACUUACAUUGAAGCACUGACAAUUCCCGGAAUUUCAAUGAAAGAUACCUUUGUUAUGUAGUGGAGACAUGGCUGUUAUUGUAGCGAGCUCAGAGCCAGCUACUCUCCCGAGCCGAGGAGAGAAUAAAUCAGCUCUGUACUUGCUGUGCUGUUCUCCUCUGACAGAGAAAAAGAGAGAGAGAGAGUUACAAGGUGGAGGGAGAGAGAGGAGGAGAGAGCAGAAAGGAUGGAUGGAGAGAGUACAAAAGAGAGAACAGGAUGGAGGAGAAGGAGAUGAGUACAGAGAGGCAGACUGUUGGUUGAAACACCACACUCAUACAAUGACUGCUGCAUAUACUGUACAUCUUUCCUGGCUGAUCAUGUCAGGUCAUGGCUUUGGCUGAUGAUGGGACUCUAAUAUUGAUUGGAGAAAAGGCCUGAUUCAGAGCUGAGGCUGAUGACCUCAUUGACUAAGGGCUGGGCUGGGCUGUGUCCCUGAUGGGGUGUUUUCUUUUAGAUCAUUACAUUUUAGUCAUUUAGCAGACACUCUUAUACAGAGCAAUUUACGGGAGCAAUGAGGGGUAAGUGCCUUGCUCACAUCGACAGAUUUUUCACCCAGUCGGCUCUGGGAUUCGAACCAGUGACCUUUCGGUUAUUGGCCCAACACUCUUAACCGCUAGUCUACCUGCCACCCCAGGGUUGGUGAACCAACCCUGCCAAACCAGAUCAGCCAGACUUACAGUAGCUAGCACAGCUGAGCCACCUGAUUUUGUGUUUGUGGGUGUCUGUGAUAUGAGCCCUGCAUGUGUUUGUCUCGGGCCUGAGGGGCUUUGUUGUUAAGUCACACCCUAUAGCUGAGAUUCAACCCUAUUCAGUCGUUGAGAAUUUCAGCUGAUGCUUCAUCAUAGCUGACAUUUCCUCUGAGCAAAAGCAGCAGAAUCCAAUCAACACACCAGCACGUCUACUGAUAAAGCGGGGGGUAGGAAGGGAAAUGGGGGAAGGAGAGAGAAAAAGGGGCGAAGGGAAAAAAAACAGGCGAGAUGGAAGAAAGAAAGCAAGAACGAAUAGAAAGAAAGAGAGAGAGAGAGAGAGAGAGAAGAGAGAGAGGAGAGAGAUAGAUAGGGAGAGGGAGCGAUCACUAUAUCGAGCGCGAGAGGAGAGGAGAGCGGAGCUAGAUCCAUGCUCUAGAGAGUCAUCAUCGAGAUCUACUCUCUCUCUCUCUCUCUAUAUAUCGUAUCUCUCUCCAUCCCUCCCUCCCUCUCUCUGUAUAUUGUAUAUGGUCUACUCUAAAGAAAGAAAGCUACUAGUAAUUGAUAAACUGAUCUAAUUUAGAAGCCAGUGAACACAGAUGUUCUCUUCUUUUCUCCAGGCCUUUGUCACUAUGGAUUUAAUUAAUAAACAUUAUCCCUCCCCAUGUCGUGUCUGUGUGUGUGAGUGUGAGUGUGUGUGUGUGUGUGUGUGUGUGUGUGUGUGUGUGUGUGUGUGUGUGUGUGUGUGUGUGUGUGUGUGUGUGUGUGUGUGUGUGUGUGUGUGUGUGUGUGUGUGUGUGUGUGUGUGUGUGUGUGUGUGUGUGUGUGUGUGUGUCCAUGCCCCAGGUGCUCCCCUGUGCUCCUGUGUUCUCUCAUCCACUAGGAGAGGAACUAGGGCCUAGGUGCUCGUUUCACACAGAUUCCUGUGGGAAAGAAAGGAAGGGUUGGGUUUUAUUUCUUCAAACAGUUUAAAGUGAGUUCCUCUGUGAUGUGUCAAAAGCUCUCCCAGACAGGCAGACAGUUUCCUGUCAAAAGUUGAAUCCUUGGGACAGUGAAUUACUUUUGGAGAGUAGGAGAAGAGGUUUUUUCCCUCUUCUAUUCUUGCGAUUAGUGAGAUUUUGAGUAUCUUAAUCCAGAGGCUUUGUUGCCGAGGCAAUUAGUUUCAGUUUCAUCUUGUGAUAAAGCAUAGAUAGAGAUUAGAAAGAGCAUACUCCUCAGUUCAGAAGAUAAGAAGGUUGAUUAACAGGAACGCUCAGGAAUGAUGGUAUAUCACCAACAUAGGCCUCCUGGGCAGAGCUAUUGUCAGUCCCAAACUACUCUCUCUUUCACAGUGGCAUAGAUACGUUUAUUUUCUCUCAGCCUCUCUUAUGUCAGGAGUUACACUACCGGUCAAAAGUUUUAGAACAGCUACUCAUUCAAGGAUUUUUCUUUAUUUUGACUAUUUUCUACAUUGUAGAAUAAUAGUGAAGACAUCAAAACUGUAGUAACAAAAAAAAGUGUUAAACAAAUCAAAAUAUAUUUUAUAUUUGAGAUUCUUCAAAAAGCCAAGAGAAUGCCAAGAGUGUGCAAAGCUGUCAUCAAGGCAAAGGGUGGCUAUUUGAUGAAUCUCAAAUAUAAAAUAUAGUUUGAUUUGUUUAACACUUGUUUGGUUAUUACAUGAGUCCAUAUGUGUUAUUUCAUAGUUUUGAUGUCUUCACUAUUAUUCUAUAAAGUAGAAAAUAGUCAAAAUAAAGUAAAAUCCUGGAAUGAGUAGGUGUUCUAAAACUUUUGACCGGUAGUGUAUAUUCCAAUGUGUUUUAAGAUCUGAGCUGUCAUGGAGUGAGCUGGGAGAGGAUUGCACUGCAGGACUCCUAUAGUCUGGAUUAACACUGCUGGAUUCUCUACUGCCAGAAGCGGAGAAGGGCCCGGCGGGGGACUGGGUUGGUUCUUAUAGGACUCUCAGUAACUCAGUAGCCAUCAGAGAGAGGAGAGGAUACUAUACACCAACCUCAGAGUGGAUACGCCCAUCAGAGAUCAGGUCACAACACUGGACCAUCCUUGACUGUUGGGAGAGAGGAUACACUCUGGGUAUUCAAGGCCAUUCAUGCACACACACACAAGUACACACACACACAGAGACACACACACACAUAUAUAUACACACACACACACACACACACACACACAGACAGACACACACACUCUGGGAACCCUGUGUCCGUACCUGACUGGCUGAUCUAGCUUAUAUUUUAAUAGUGGCCUGGUUAUUUGUGGUGGCUAUGUAUUCUGUGCAGAUAUGCUUCUGUGCUGCGCUCAGUGAGGGAUAGGAGAGGAGAUCGUAGCGUAGCGUAGUGUAGCGCAGCGUAUUUAGGUAAGGGAGGAUAAUCCACUCAACCCUAAAGAGGAUUGAAGAAUCUCACAGGCUUUGAUAAGUUGUGAGCUGGUGUUUAUUUCACAUCAUAUGAACAGAACUGUUUGUGUCACAUCCAGCCAGGGCGCUUCCUCCCCUUUCCCCUCUCCCCUCCGCCACCGCCACCUCUCCCAUGGCAUGCUGGGUAAUUAUUAUUGUGCUAGAGGGGGAGGGGGGAGGGGGGAGGAGGGGAGGAGGAAAAGAAAGGAGAGGGAGGGAGGAUGGGUGAGAAGGUUUUAGGUUUAAGGAAGGGGUUAGUGUUGCUGUUCCUUAGCUAUCUCUCUCCAGAUCACAGGGUUGAGGGAGAUUAUGUGAUAAUUGAAGCGUCUCUCUGUGUCUGUAACUGUGGAGAACUAGGCCUGGUGUACUGCUGCUGAGGCAGGCAGCUAGUGCUAAUGUGCCAACACAAAGCUUUUCCAUGAUCCCCGGAACACAAAUCACUCACUGACACACACAGGGGAGGGGACAGAAAAACACAAUUGACUCUACAGUAGGAGGUUGUGUUUGUGUAUUAGAUAGGAGGGCAGACAAAAACAAAGAGUAGUUGGUUCUGAAGAAAAUUAUGCGAGAUUUGUCUUUUUGUUAGCUUGUAUACUCAUAGGAUACUUUGUAGGCUCUGGGGUCCGCAGCUGCAGGACCACCCUGUCUGUCCCUCUGUGACUUGGGGACUGUUGUCUGGGUUGCCUGUUCCUGGCCUCAGACUGGAGAGAUUGUGGCCUUAAUUCCUCCAGACAGCCAUUAAAGCUCUAAGCAGCAGUGGAGAUAUGCCUAAGUGGCUAAGGCAGCACUGUGCCUCUGAUCCCCAGAAGGAAGGGGAUUUGAUUUAAGGGUAGCCAAAUCCCUUAACGACAAGGAACACACGAGACAAUGACUAGCGUGUCAUCUCUGAGGGGAAGACCAUAUUGUACCGUGAGUUUCCGCUCUAAUAGAUAAUGCCUUCUAGUUAUUUUCAAACCACCUGGGUGAUGCACUGGUCACACACCUUGGGUGAGCUUAUUACUUGGAUAAUAUUUGGAUAUACAAUAAAUUUGAUGGUACAGACUCUACAUCUUAUUUCAUACCCGGCAAGACUGUCUGGUGACUUGCAGGAUGAAGACAGGAAGACAGACAGGUACACCCACAGAUGGACAGACGGGGAGACGGACAGACAAACAGACAAACAGACAGGGAGUCAGACGGGGAGACAGACGGGGAGACGGACAGACAAACAGAUGGGGAGACAAACAGACUGGGAGACAGACGGGUAGACAGACAGACAAACAGACGGGGAGACCAGGACACCGGUAGACAUAAGAAGUAGCCUUUGACAGACCUGAUCAAAUGGUAUGUGUGCUUUUAUUAAUGGUUAUUCAAAUAUGGCACCAGGAUUAAAAGGAAAUUGCUGGUUGGGUGGUCUCUGAGAUUUACAUACCUGAAUGGAAACUUCUUCAUCACUCUCUGAACAGCUCUGUUAACUUGAUUUUCCACUGCCGAGGGUGAAAUAAUAUUAUGGGAAUGUUGUCUAAGGAUUUAAUUGCUUACUGUCAGCUUGGCCCAAUGUACUGUACUACAGGCUUUACCAUCUGUAGGUGUAUCGCAGUGUCUGUCUGUGUGUGUGUGUGUGUCAGUGGCUGAUGUGGAUGUGGUGUAGGAGUCAGGCGCAGGACACAGAAGCUACUUCCAACAGACUUUACUGGAGGACACGAAAUACAAAGAAAAGGGUCUCAACAAAACAAGGAGGCGAGCGAUUACGCAACAGUGCGCAAAAACACUCCAAUGCACAAGCAAUACGCAAAAGUGCGUCUGGACUCUAAAACACAAUAGAGCAAAAUACCAGCACCUACGGACAGGCGGAACAAUUACACACAACUCACUACAAACAAAACGAGACACAUAUAGGGAACAUAAUUAACACUAACAGGAAACAGGUGAACAAGGAAGACAAAACCAAACAAACAUCGAUAACAUACAACGGUGGCAGCUAUUACUCCGGGGACGACGACCGCCGAAGCCUGCCCGAGCAAGGAGGAGGAGCAGCCUCGGCCGAAACCGUGACAGUACCCCCCCCCUUGACGCGCGGCUCCAGCCGUGCGCCGACCCCGGCCUCGGGGACGACCAGGAGGACGCGGAGCAGGGCGCGUGGGAUGGCCACGGUGGUACUCAGUCAGGAGAGAUGGGUCUAAGAUGUCCCUCCUCGGCAUCCAGCACCGUUCCUCCGGGCCAUACCCCUCCCACUCCACGAGAUACUGGAGACCCCCCAUCCGACGUCUCGAAUCCAAGAUGGACCGAACUGUGUACGCCGGAGCCCCCUCGAUGUCCAAUGGGGGCGGAGGAGUCUCACUUAUCUCACAGUCCUGGAGUGGACCAGCUACCACCGGCCUGAGAAGAGACACAUGGAACGAGGGGUUAAUGUGAUAAUCAAUAGGCAGUUGUAACCUGUAACACACCUCGUUCAACCUCCUCAGGACUUUAAAUGGCCUUACAAACCGCCGACCCAGCUUCCGGCAGGGCAGGCGGAGGGGCAGGUUUCGAGUCGAGAGCCAGACUCGAUCUCCAGGUGCGUACACCGGACCCUCACUGCGGUGGAGAUUGGCGCUCGCCUUUUGUCGACAGAUGGCCCGCUGCAGAUGGACGUGUGCAGCGUUCCACGUCUCCUCCGAGCGCCGCACCCACUCAUCCACCGCAGGAGCCUCGAUCUGGCUCUGAUGCCAUGGUGCCAGAACCGGCUGAUACCCUAACACACAUUGGGAAGGGGUUAGGUUGGUGGAGGAGUGGCGGAGAGAGUUCUGUGCCAUCUCUGCCCAGGGGAUAUACCUCGCCCACUCCUCCGGCCGGCCCUGGCAAUACGAUCUCAGAAACCUACCCACAUCCUGGUUCACUCUUUCUACCUGCCCAUUGCUCUCUGGGUGGUACCCCGAGGUAAGGCUCACCGAGACCCCCAAGCGCUCCAUGAACGCCCUCCAGACUCUGGAGGUGAACUGGGGACCUCGAUCAGACACUAUAUCCUCGGGCACCCCGUAGUGCCGAAAGACGUGGGUGAACAGUGCCUCAGCGAUCUGUAGGGCAGUAGGGAGACCCGGCAUUGGGAGGAGACGACAGGCCUUCGAGAACCGAUCCACAACGACCAGUAUAGAGGUAUUCCCCUGAGAGGGGGGAAGGUCUGUAACGAAAUCCACCGAGAGGUGAGACCAGGGUCGUUGUGGAACGGGCAGGGGUUGUAACUUUCCCCUGGGCAGGUGUCUAGGCGCCUUACACUGGGCGCACACCGAGCAGGAGGAGACAUAAACCCUCACAUCCCUGGCUAACGUUGGCCACCAGUACAUAGCGCUAAGGCAGUGCACUGUCCGGCCAAUACCUGGAUGUCCAGAGGAGGGGGACGUAUGAGCCCAAUAAAUCAGACGAUCCCGAACCUCGAGCGGAACGUACGUCCGACCCACAGGACACUUUGGGGGACUAGGGUCGGUACGCAACGCCUGCUCGAUCUCCGCAUCGACCUCCCACACUACCGGUGCCACCAGACAAGACUCUGGCAGGAUGGGAGUGGGCUCAAUGGACCUCUCCUCUGUGUCAUAUCGCCGGGACAGGGCGUCUGCCUUACCGUUCUGGGACCCAGGGAUGUACGUUAUUUUAAACACGAACCGGGUUAGAAACAUGUUCCACCGAGCCUGACGAGGGUUCAAUCUCCUAGCUGCCCGGAUGUACUCCAGGUUACGGUGAUCAGUCAAAAUGAGAAAAGGGUGUUGAGCCCCCUCAAGCCAAUGCCUCCACACCUUUAGGGCCUGUACCACGGCUAACAGCUCCCUGUCCCCUACGUCAUAAUUUCGCUCCGCCGGGCUGAGCUUCUUAGAAUAAAAAGCACAGGGGCGGAGUUUAGGUGGCGUGCCGGACCGUUGCGAUAGUACGGCCCCAAUACCGGCCUCUGACGCGUCCACCUCUACCUGGAAUGGUAAAGCGGGGUCCGGAUGCGCCAGCACCGGAGCCGAAGUGAACAGGUCCUUCAGUCUCCCAAAUGCCCUGUCCGCCUCAGCUGACCACUGCAAACGCAUCGGGCCCCCCUUCAGCUGAUCACGUCCUGCAGGGCGGACCCGAGUUGAAGGAUCCGGUCGUCUUGCCCGCUGACGCGCUCCUCCAGCGACUCGGGUGCUGCUGCUGCUCCUGCUGACUCGAUGAGGGUGUGUAAGUCUGUCAGUGGCUGAUGUGGAUGUGGUGUAGGAGUCAGGCGCAGGACACAGAAGCUACUUCCAACAGACUUUACUGGAGGACACGAAAUACAAAGAAAAGGGCCUCAACAAAACAAGGAGGCGAGCGAUUACGCAACAGUGCGCAAAAACACUCCAAUGCACAAGCAAUACGCAAAAGUGCGUCUGGACUCUAAAACACAAUAGAGCAAAAUACCAGCACCUACAGACAGGCGGAACAAUUACACACAACUCACUACAAACAAAACGAGACACAUAUAGGGAACAUAAUUAACACUAACAGGAAACAGGUGAACAAGGAAGACAAAACCAAACAAACAUCGAUAACAUACAACGGUGGCAGCUAGUACUCCGGGGACGACGACCGCCGAAGCCUGCCCGAGCAAGGAGGAGGAGCAGCCUCGGCCGAAACCGUGACAGUGUGUGUGUGUGUGCGCAUUGUACAUUUCCUAAUGUCUUGAAUUAAUUCAUUUAGCCCCACUUGAAGCACGUAACAUGCUGGUGUAACAGCAGUAUUUUAUGGCUGAUGUGCAUGCAGCUUUAAUUACAUUAAUUGAUGUUGAGUGACAUGUGAAAGGCUGCCUCUCCUCUCUACUGGAGUAGGGCUCAGUGUUGUUGACUGAAAUGUUGUUCUUCUAUCCAACCACUUCCCUUGCUUAAGUGGUAUAUUGCUGACUCGACACGCUUGAUGCGAUUCAAUAUAUUAACUCUGAAUUAAGGUGAGUUUCCAGCAGAGAGAGAGACACACACACACACAUGCACACACACAAACGCAUGCACGCACGGACACACACACACACGCCUCCCUCCAUCUGACAGGCUGGUGGAACACAGGUGGAGGAGGGGGGAGUUAGUAACCACAAGUAUCCCUGCAUAACAGAGCUCUGACUGGGCCACAAAUCAUGAUCAAUGGGCCUCUGCUUGGCUCCACUGUCUGAAGCUUCAUCCUCUUCUUUGAAUGUCAGUCACCACACCCAAACUGAAUCGACUGCUCACCAAACUCUCUGUGUGUCUGUCAGCCUAGUGUUAGAGCUGACUGGCGAGAGUCAAGCCCAAUGGCUGGAAAAGUAAGAUAUAGAGGCCAGUUCAGGAUGAAAUGUCUCUGUCUGUGAUGUAUGGACACAGAGCAUGACCUGCUCAGACAGACCUCUGAUUGAGACAAAAUGCUGGAGCCCCCAGAGAGCCAACGGCUCUCACCCUCAGACACACACAGCCUGUUUCUGGGCUCCCAUCACUCAGCGCCAUCUAAUGCUAUUUCCUCUAUUUGUGUCCUCCCAAAUGGAGCAAGAGGCUGAUGGCCACCAUUUUAGCUAUUACUUUAUGUCCUCCAGUUUGCCUUAAAUGCAUCCUGUCCUCCAUAUACAGUAAUAACACCUGCUGCUGUAAUGAGGAUUUAUGUAGAAAUUGAUCCAGUUUGCUGUGUAUGUCUGUGUGUGAGUAGAAGCUCUAACUGCGUCUGAUCCAGCCCAUAAAAACACAGUUAAUGUUUGUUCUUAUGGCUCCACAGAGAUGCAGAAGCAGGACAAUGUUAUUUCAGCUUCCAUUGUUGGAGCUUCAACCAAAAGCCUUUAUUAUGUAAGAGAAAGACACAGAGACAGUUAUUUGCUGUCUAUAUGCAAACACACUCCUGACAUUAUCAGUUUGUGAAGAUUUCAAAUGUAGGGUUGUGUGUGUGUGUGUGUUUGUGUGUGUUUGUGUGUGUUUGCGUGUUUGCGUGUGUGUGUGUGAAUGUGCACGUGUGUGUGUGUGUGUAUGUGCACGUGGGUGUUUGUGCGUUUGUGGCUUUCGAGUGUUCUGUUUGUGUUGCAGAGCGAGUGUAGGUACGGGAAAGAAGAAUAGUGGGAAUUUGAGAAUGUGAUUAGUUUCAUGUGGGACAAUAUGACAUUGAUAUCUGCGUGGUGUUUUGUAUUCCUGAUGUCUCUUCUGUUACCUGUUCUAUACGUUUGUUUGGUCACAUCAUUAUUCAAUCUGUUAGCCGAUCUUAUCCACAGCGACUCACAGAGCAGCAUAAUGCAUAUCAUUAUACACUGAAUGAAUAAAACAAAGAAGCCAGGAAGGAUGAAAAGAAGCAGAGAAUCAGUGGUGCAGUAUGACAUUAUCAAUCCACUUUUUAUUACAGAAGAACAUCCAUUAAAUACAAAUACAAUGAUCAGGGAUGUAUGAAAGAAAAUAUGCUAUUAUUUCACUAGCAGGUUGUGUAUUGAGUGUGUGAUGUUGUUGCCCGAGGAGGAAUCACUUGUCAAGAUGAUGACCUCAGUCGUGAGGUCAGAUAGAUGUCGCCUCAGGGCAGCUUGGAUCAGGAUGUAGAGGUGAGGAGGUGGACACAGCCAGAGGGUGAUGGGUUGGAGGUCACAACACUUUAACAACUGCUCCUGAGAUGGCGGUGACCUUUAACCUUUACCCCUAUGGUUUAAUCCCUGUCCAUAUUAUCUCUAACUGGACUGUGUUGUCAACCGUUGUCACUACUGAUCCACUGAGGGUACAGGAGGAUUCAGACAGUGUUGACAUGUUGUCAGCUGUUGUUGACCGAUGGCUAACUCCAUCCUGCUCCGUGAUAAAGUGGCUGUUGUGUGUUCAGCGCAUCAUAAUUCAUGACACAUGGUAAUUGGUGAUGAGUCAUUGAGAGCAGAAUAAUGGUUCCAUCCAUCACAGGCUCCACACACCUCACUGUUCCACUAUCCCAUGGUUUCUUGGUGGGUUGUUGUUGUUGUUGAUGCAUCACCUCUCCCAGCUGGGCCUAUGGUGUGUGUCUCUGACUGACUGUACUUCUCUCCCUGUGUGUAUUUGCAGGUGUAAAGGUGCGUCUCACUAUGGCCUGUCUGCGGACAGGAAGAGGCGUUCCCAGGAGGGUGACUGCACUGACAGCACGUCAGAACUCACCGUCGCCACCCUGCCCGGCGAUGGCCCCAACUCCGCUGCUGUCGCCCUCCUAUCAGAUGAUCCCGGCCUCGUCAACCCCGCCUUUGACCCCAGCAUGGAGGAUAACAGCCAAUCAGGCAGCACCACCAGCCUGGCAGCCCGUAGCAGUACCAAAAAGAGUGAUUGUGAGUGUGCGUACGUACGGAUGUGUUUGUGUGUGUUUGUGAUUGUGUAGUUCUGCACCAAGUAACCUUUCUCUGAUCUAUAAAGCACUGUGUGUGUGUGUGUGUGUGUGUGUGUGUGUGUGUGUGUGUGUGUGUGUGUGUGUGUGUGUGUGUGUGUGUGUGUGUGUGUGUGUGUGUGUGUGUGUGUGUGUGUGUGUGUGUGUGUGCGUAUCGAACUGUUUGUCAGUGUGACUGUUUGAAAAUCAAUAGAAAGCAGGGAGCCAGCGGAGGCUUUCUAGUCACAGUUUCAUAGUCCCUCACUCACGUAGAUACCACCAGUAAACACUAUUCAAACAUCCAUUUUACAACCUCAUACCCACACACAGGUAAACAUCCCAGAACCCAUGAUCACUUAAACACAGUAUCUGUACUACUUAAUGAUUUUUGAUAGAAAUCCUAUUCUUCAAUUAGCUUUUGUAGCAUUGCGUUUUUACUGAUCUUUUUUCACACAGAGAGAGAGACAGGGAGAGAGAGAGACAGAGAGAGCGAGAGAGAGAGAGAGAGAGACAGACAGACAGACAGACAGACAGACAGACAGACAGACAGACAGGCAGACAGACAGACAGACAGACAGACAGGCAGGCAGGCAGGCAGGCAGGCAGCCAGCCAGCCAGCCAGCCAGCCAGCCAGCCAGACAGACAGACAGACAGACAGACAGACAGACAGACAGACAGACAGACAGACAGACAGACAGACAGACAGACAGACAGAGCAAGAGAGAGACAGAGAGAGACAGAGAGAGACAGAGAGAGACAGAGAGAGACAGAGAGAGAGAGCAUGUAAAGAGAGGAAGUGGGAGUGGUAGGAAUGAGGAUUUAACACAGUCCAGGUCCAUUAAUGCUGAAUGACGUGAUAGGCCCUCACCAUCCACUCAUCCCACCUGUGAACCCUGGAGCCACUCACGCCUGUUGCACUCACUCACGUCCCCCCUCUCAAUGUGAACACGCUGCCGGUGGGGACACCAAAUAACGCUGCAACAGCACUUUUGGCCCAGUCCGCCGAGCGGAGCACCCACCGCCAUGCAGAGCCACUGCUGCUGAACAAGCUGUCAUCUCCAGAAGCACUGGGUGCUUUUAAAGAAUAAUGUGGCUGUCAGGAGGCCUUUGCAUCUCUCCAGGCCCGCAGAGCAAGGGGCGUUGCAGAGGCUCACUGCCCGCUCUCAGGGGAGCCAGGCUGGGACUCACACUCCAAUGCAGCCUGCUCCGCUCUGGUAGAGCCAGGGACCCACACUCCCUGUCAGAAUCUCAGUAGACUAUAGUAGGGUCAGACUGGUGUAUUUAUACUGCACCUAGUUUUAGCUGUUGAUUACAUGAAACAUGACUGCUGCAGUUUACGAAGCUCAUCACCCCUGCAGAGUUUAUAGGCCCCCUCCCUCCAGCUGUUCCUCAGCUUUGACAUAAUGACAAACAAAUGAGUGUUUGGGGAAUUCAUGAAGGAUUUUGAUUGGAUUCUCUAAAACAGAUGUGUUCAAGCUGUUGUCAUGGACUUUGUUUUUGAGGCAGAGUGAAUGAGAGAUCUCAGGCAUCUGAUUGGCUGUGGUGAGGCAGGCUCAGAGACUUGUCCAGGCAUGUUCAGUCAGUACAGAGCUGAUUUAUAAAGUGUGCCCCUGUCUCUCUUUCCCCUCAGUCCGAAACUAUGACCGCACCUCGGUCAGGAGCCGCUCCUUCAGGCGGUUGAACCGUGCAUUCAGUGUCCUGCGGAGGACCAAGAGCGGCACCUCCGUGUCCAAUGAGACCGCAGAGGAACGAGACAAUGUCAGGAACGCCAGUGUGCCCCAGGAAGGUAUGUGUGUGUUUGUUUGAGUGAAUGCUUGUGUGUUUGUUUUUCUACACUAUAUGAAAUAUGUGUAUGCUGUCAGUGGGGGUUGUGUUUAGUUCAGUAUGAUGUCAGUGAGGGUUGUGUUUAGUUCAGUAUGAUGUCAGUGGGGGUUGUGUUUAGUUCAGUAUGAUGUCAGUGGGGGUUGUGUUUAGUUCAGUAUGAUGUCAGUGGUGGUUGUGUUUAGUUCAGUAUGAUGUCAGUGGGGGUUGUGUUUAGUUCAGUAUGAUGUCAGUGGGGGUUGUGUUUAGUUCAGUAUGAUGUCAGUGGGGGUUGUGUUUAGUUCUGUAUGAUGUUAGUGGGGGUUGUGUUUAAUUCAGUAUGAUGUUAGUGGGGGUUGUGUUUAGUUCAGUAUGAUGUCAGUGGGGGUUGUGUUUAAUUCAGUAUGAUGUUAGUGGGGGUUGUGUUUAGUUCAGUAUGAUGUCAGUGGGGGUUGUGUUUAGUUCCGUAUGAUGUCAGUGGGGGUUGUGUUUAGUUCAGUAUGAUGUCAGUGUGGGUUGUGUUUAGUUCAGUAUGAUGUCAGUGGGGGUUGUGUUUAGUUCAGCAUGAUGUCAGUGGGGGUUGUGUUUAGUUCAGUAUGAUGUCAGUGGGGGUUGUGUUUAGUUCAGUAUGAUGUCAGUGGGGGUUGUGUUUAGUUUAGUAUGAUGUCAGUGCUCUUUAUGCUGUGUCUACAGUUUAUGUGAAUCCCUGUAGAGGGUAUGAGAUGUGUGUGUGUGUGUGUGUGCUUGCAUUUUUGUGUGUCUGUGUUUAUGUAAAUGUGUUUGUGCGUGAGUGUUUGUGUGUGUGUGUGUGUGCAUGUAUGUGUAAGCAGUUCCUUUGGCUCUGUGCUGAGGUAACACGGCUGAUAGCCCACAGCGUAACUGCAGCAACAUAUGUUCCUUUAAUAAUUCAGCUGCACAUUGCAUAAGAAUCCACUGGUCCCCCAGAACAGAACAGAACAGAAGAGAGUGAUCAGAUGGGAGAGUGGCAGCCUGUGGGCUAGGUUGGAGGAGAGAGAGGGACCUCCAGGGGACAGGGACAGGGACAGAGAGCUGCUGGUCCCCCCACCACCACCUCCCCUAGCCAGGGUCAACCAGGCCAGAUGACAGGGUGAUUAAGGAGCCCCUGGGGCUAAUAGCAGGCCUGUGAUGGAACACAUGAUUUGUAGAGGGAUACCGUGUUACUGUGUUUAUUUCAGAGGCAUACAGAAUCUAUUUCAGAGGGAUGCAGUAUACAGGACGACCCUGGAGAAUGAGAGGGAUGGAGGGAGUAGUGAAGAGUAGGAUGAGGAGAAGGAGAAAGUGGAGGAUGAGCCGUAAUGUUCACGAUGGGGUUGAUGUGGACCAUGGGACUGUGUGUGAGAGAGAGAGAGAGAGAGAGAGAGAGAGAGAGAGAGAGAGAGAGAGAGAGAGAGAGAGAGAGAGAGAGAGAGAGAGAGAUUGAGAGAGAGAGAGAGAGAAAAGGAUAUUAGGAGAAGAGAUACUGUAUAGUACAGAGUGGGAUACAGAGGAAUACAGAGGGGGGAUAAGAGAGAGAGCGAGAGAGAGAGAGAGAGAGAGCGAGAGAGAGAGAGAGAGAGAGAGAGAGAGAGAGAGAGAGAGAGAGAGAGAGAGAGAGAGAGAGAGAGAGAGAGAGAGAGAGAGAGAGAGAGAGAGAGAGAGAGAGAGAGAGAGAGAGAGAGAGAGAGAGAGAGAGAGAGAGAGAUAGGUUAUAUAACAGCCACAGGUCUGUGUGUUAAUGUGCUCUUCUCCCUGGAAGCAAUGAAGAGAAAAUAUUGACUUUGGAAGGGAGAAACUGCAGCGUGAUUAGAACUAGGGACUGGGGCUAUGGAACAAGAGAGAUGGGGGGAGAGAGUGGGCCAGAGAGAAAGAAAGAGAGAGAGAAUGAGCAGGGAGGGCGAGAUUGAGUGAUACAGUGCCUUCAGAAAGUAUUCAUACUCCUUGACUUAAUCCACAUUUUGUUGUGUUACAGCCUGAAUUCAAAAUGGAUUAAAAAUAAAUAAAUAAAUCUCUCCCAUCUACACACAAUACCCAAUAAUGACAAUGUGAAAAUAUGUUUUUAGAAAUGUUUGCAAAUUUAUUGAAAAUGAAAUACCACCAGUAAACACUAUUCAAACAUACAUUUUACAACCUCAUACCCACACACAGGUAAACAUCCCAGAACCCAUGCUCACUUAAACACAGUAUCUGUACUACUUAUUGAUUUUUGAUAGAAAUCCUAUUCUUCAAUUAGCUUUUGUAGCAUUGCGUUUUUACUGUAAAUAUUCAAUGAGUACUUUUUUUAUUACCCACCUACCAAUAGGUGCCAAUUUUUUCGAAGCGUUGGAAAACCUCCUUGGUCUUUGUGGUUGAAUCAGUGUUUGAAAUUCACUGUUGUACUGAGGGACCUUACAGAUAAUUGUAUGUGUGGGGUAGAGAGAUGAGGCAGUCAUUCAAAAAUCAUGUUAAACACUAUUAUUGCACACAGAGGGAGUCCAUGCAACUUAUUAUGUGACUUGUUAAGCAAAUGUUUACACCUGAACUAAUUUAGGCUUGCCAUAACAAAGGGGUUGAACACUUAUUGACUCAAGACAUUUCAGCUUUUCAUUUUUAUUUAAUUUGAAUUUUUAACAAUUUGAAAAACAUAAUUCCACUUUGGCAUUAUGGGGUAUUGUGUGUAGGCCAGUGACAUUUCUGAAGGCACUGUAGAAUGGCUGAUAGAUACAGAGCGAUAGAGAUGGUGUUUUUACAGGGUUGGGGAGUAACGGAUUACAUGUAAACUAUCUCUCUCUCUCAUGUAAUCUAUUGCAAGUAACUGAUUCCCCAAAAUAUUCAGAAAGGAUGUUUGCGAAAAAAUUAUCUGACACCUUUCUGUUUUCUAAAUGACAUUCAAAUGCAUUGAAAAAAGGUGCAAGUUUAAGUUUGUUCCACUUGAGCGAGUCUGACAACAAGUCAGAGACCACUAUGAUGACUCCAACACCACGACUCCAACACCAUCAUUAAGUUUGCCGACGACACAACAGUGGUAGGCCUGAUCACCGACAACGAUGAGACCUGGCCGUGUGGUGCCAGGAUAACAACCUCUCUCUCAACGUGAUCAAGAUAAAGGAAAUGAUUGUGGACUAUAGGAAAAAAAUGACAGAGCAUGCUCCAAUUCUCAUCGACGGGGCUGUAGUGGAGGUUAAGAGCUUCAAGUUCCUUGGUGUCCACAUCACCAACAAACUAUCAUGGUCCAAACACACCGUGAAGAGGGCACGACAAAGCCUAUUCCUCCUCAGAUCCUCCAAAAGUUAUAUAGCUGCACCAUCGAAAGCAUCCUGACUGGUUGCAUCACUGCCUGGUAUGGCAACUGCUCGGCCUCCGACCGCAAGGCGCUACAGAGGGUAGUGCGUAUGGUCUAGUACAUCACCAGGGCCAAGCUUCCUGCCAUCCAGGACCUCUAUACCAGGCGGUGUCAGAGGAAGGCCCUAAAAAUGGUCAAAGACUCCAGCCAUCCUAGUCAUAGACUGUUCUCUCUGCUACCGCACGGCAAGCGGUACCGGAGCGCCAAGUCUAGGUCCAAAAGGCUUCUUAACAAUUUCUACCCCCAAGCCAUAAGACUCCUAAACAGCUAAUCAAAUGGCUACCAGGACUGUUUGCAUUGUCCCGCCCCCCUACCCCCCACCAUUUAUUUUACGCUGCUGCUACUCUCUGUUUAUUAUCUAUGCAUAGUCACUUUAACUAUACCUACAUGUACAUAUUACCUAAAUUAUCUCGACUAACCGGUGCCCCACACAUUGACUCUGUACCGGUACCCCCUGUAUAUAGCCUCGCUACUGUUAUUUUUACCAUUAUUUUGCUGCUUUUAUUUUUUACUUAUCUAUUGGUUUACUUAACAUUGAUUUUCUUAAAACUGCAUUGUUGGUUAAGGGCUUGUAAGUAAACGUUUCACUGUAAGGUCUACACCUGUUGUAUUCGGUGCAUGUGACAAAUAACAUUUUAUUUGAUUUGAUGACACACGUGCAUUUGAUGGAUCGCGGGAAAAGAGCAGGAAUAGGCUUUUGUAGUCUACAGUCCAAGCUAUGUUUUCCAAUGGUGCUACUGCUGUCGGCAUCCAAAGAUUAGCCAACUUGAAUAGAGCCCCACAGUGAAGGUGUCAUAAUACCCAUAACACCUUGUGGUCAAACAGAGAAAUGGUUCCAAUCGUUUUUCCACAAUUUAUUUUUCCCAUAGAGAAUUGUAGAAACACUUAAAAUAAGGGCUGUGUUUCGUGUAGGCUUACCCUGGCGUGACGUUUUGAUAACCAUAUAAAUCUCUCUUGGACAAGGUGAAUUUUAUCAAUAUAUUCGGCUCUAUUUACUCUCAGAUUCGAAAAUGUCAAUUAGCAUCAAAGUAGACAUCAUGCAAGACUACAAAUCCCUACAAGCUCCUGCAUGUCAUCUCUAGCUGUUACCUUUGCUAACAGGUAUUGUGUCAAUUUAAAACUUGCACAAGACAGUUCACAGAAUUGUCAAUUUAAAUAAAUGUUGCCAAUUUAUACAUUACUAAAUGUAGCUAACAUUAUAUAAUUAAUCCAGAGAUUCUUAACUUUGCCUCGAUUCGGCAGGCUCAUCCAGAUCAUCAUGGCAUGUGUAGUUCUUUAUGAUAGCCACAUUAGCAGCUAAUUAGCAUUUCAGUUUUGGGCGGUAGAUACAGGCAAAUAUAUUGAUAAAAGUAAUCUUGUCCUAGAGAGAUAUACACGGUUAUGAAAACGUCACGCCAGGGUAAGCCUUCUUCUAAUGCACGUGUCAAACUCAUUCCAUGGAGGGACGAUUGCCUGCAAGUUUUAGCUCCUCCCCUGUACUUGAUUGAUUAAUUAAGGUCACUAAUUAGUAAGGAACUCCCCUCACCUGGUUGUCUAGGUCUUAAUUGAAUGGAAAAACCAAAAACCAGCAGACACUAGGCCCUCCAUGGAAUGAGUUUGAUACGCCUGUUCUAAUGCCUCUUAAGGGGAAAGUAAGUGAAAUUAAUCAGAUUACGUUACUGAGUUUGGGUAAUCCAAAAGUUAUGUUACUGAUUACAAUUUUGGACAGGUAACUAGUAAUGGUAACAGGUUACAUUUAGAAAGUAACUUACCCAACCCUGUACUGUAUAUAGCACACAUUGUCCGAGGUAGCUGUGAGCUUGUUAGCUCUUGGCCCAGGCUGUUGGCAGUAUUAAACGGACACACUGACACCAAGGGAGAACAAGUUCAAGGCCGACAACGGUACUGCAGGCUGUUGUUUCCAGAAAGCAGGAUCCCCAUUAUAGUGAAUGUGAAAAUGGCAAUCUUCGUGGUUAAUAUUAGUGUAAAUAAUAUACAAAUUAGAAGACAAUCAUGGUACCAAUAAUUGCUUCUAUUACACCAGAUGUAUGUCCUUGAACCACUUUUUUUUUUUAUCUCACAAAGAAGAAGAUAUAAGGAUAAUCUACACUGAACAAAAAUAUAAACGCAACUUGUAAAGUGUUGGUCCCAUGUUUCAUGAGCUGAAAUAAAAAUCCCAGAAAUGUUCCAUACACACAAAAGCUUAUUUCUCUCAAAUUCUUUGCACAAAUGUGUUUACAUCCCUGUUAGUGAGCAUUUUUCCUUUGCCAAGAUAAUCCAUCCACCUGACCGGUGUGGUAUAUCAAGAAGCUGAUUAAACAGCAUGAUAAUUACACAGGUGCACCUUGUGCUGGGAACAAUAAAAGGCCACUUUAAAAUGUGCAGUUUUGUGACACAACCCAAUGCCACAGAUGUCUCAAGUUUUCAGAGAGCGUGCAAAAAAACUCAUUCUGAUUGGCUGGGCCUGACUCCCCAGUGGGUGAGCCUGGCUGCCAAGUGGGUGGGCCUAUGCCCUCCAAGGUCCACCCAUGGCUGCACCCCUGCCCAGUCAUGUGAAAUCCAUAGAUUAGGCCUAAUAAUUUAUUUAAAUUGACUGAUUUCCUUAUAUGAACUGUAACUCAGUAAAAUCUUUGAAAUUGUUUCAUGUUGCAUUUAUAUUUUUGUUCAGUAUAGUUGCUACCACCAGCCUGCAGUACCCUGGUCGGCCUUCAACUUGAGAUACUCAAUGAGAGGGGGCAGCCCUGAGCUAGCCUGCAACGUCACUUCCUAGAGUAGCUCAAACUGUGCAUGCGAUGUUUCCAAAAACUCCCCCAUUAAGGAACAACACUUUCUGAUCUUCAAAUGCACCACAGACUUCACAUAGGGAACAAUGGGGUGACAUCAUUGAUGGCUCCGUCCAUUUUCUUUUUACAGUCUAUGACUGACACACACCAGUCCCUCCCUUCCCUAUCUAAUGGUACAGUCCAGGCAGGGUGUGUCUGCUCUGCUCAGGCCUGGGAAACAGGCAGGAACAACUCUGUAUGUGAGAGGCUGAAGUUAGACCAUCCCUUUGUUGACAAAGGGAUUGACUUUCACUCUUACAUAAACACCUGAAAGCUUCCCACUGACACUGUUUUUUUGUUUGUGUGCAUAUGUAUAUGUGUGUGUGUACAGUAUGAGGCUGUGGUUGUGUAUUUGUGAGAGCUUUAUAUCUCAGUUCUCUGUCAGUACAGUCAGUGUGUAUCUGUGUAAAAGUAUGUGUGUUUUUAUCUCCACCCAAGCAAUAACCUUGUGGAAAAGUCAAUGUGAGGGUUUUCUCAAGCAUACUUGGUACAGAUAUAUGUGACUAAUGAUACAAACAUGUGGAAGGAUGAUCAGCCAAGUGGAUUUUCCCCUUAGGGUUGUACAAGCUUGUUUUGCUAACUUGGGGGAGUAGAGACAGCUGCUUCAACACUAAACCUUUCUACGCGGUCUCUCUGGCUUCCUCCCUCUGUCUAUUUCUAGCUCUCUCUCUCUGUUUCUUUUGCUUUCUCCUUGGCCUUGCAUUCUGCCUCUGUGCGAGUUCCUUUUCAUCAUAGAAAUCAGAGUAACACACUAUUUCUCUCCCUCCUUCAUUAUCUCACUCUCUCUUUCUCUCUCUCUCUCUCUCUCUCUCUCUCCCCCUCUAUCCCCACUCCCUCCCUCCCUCCCUCCCUCAUUCUCAUUAUCUUUCUCUCUCUCUCUCUCUCUCUCUCCCUCUCUCUCUUUCGCUCUCUUUCGCUCUCUUUCUCUAUCUAUGUAUAUAUAUAUAUAUAUAUAUAUAUAUAUAUAUAUAUAUAUAUUUAUAUAUAUUUCCCUCCUUCACUCUCUCAGUGCUGGCUCUACCCCAGCUCCAUCACCUGAUCCCUAAUGGUGAGGUCACCAGUAUUAAGAUCAACCGGGAGCCCUCGGAGCCCCUGGCGAUCAGCAUCGUUGGGGGCAAUGAGACCCCCCUGAUGCGUAUCCUCAUCCAGGACAUCUACAGGGAGGGGGUUAUCGCCCGGGACGGACGCCUGCUGCCCGGAGACAUGAUCCUCAAGGUCAGUGUGUGUUUUUCUUCAGAGUAAGGUGGAGUACUACUCGCCAUGUAUGUGACUGAUGGGCGGCAGGUAGCCUAGCGGUUAAGAACGUUGGGCCAGUAACUGAAAGGUCGCUGGUUCUAAUCCACGAGCCGGGCGCCUGAUUCAGAGGGGUUGAAUGCAUUCAGUUCUGCAACUGACUAGGUAUCCCCUUUCCCUGUAUGGGUUGUGUGUUUGAAUGUAUUUAUCACAGCAUAUAAUCUGAGAUUUAACUCCACCUCUACAUCUCUCCCUUCAGGUGAAUGGCAUAGACAUCAGCAAUGUGCCCCACUGCUACGCCCUGGCCACCCUCAAACAGCCUUGCCAGCUGCUGCGACUCACAGUGCUGAGAGAGCAGCGCCACCAUUACCGCUCACACUCCGGGCACCACGGGCACCCCCACGACGCAGCCGGGGGCUACCCGCCUCACGGCCUCCCCCAUGGCCAGCCCCUGAGGGACGACAGCAUCCAUGUGGUCCUGGCUAAGAGCACCCCAGAGGAGCAGCUGGGCAUCAAGCUGGUAAGACGACCAGAGGAACAUGGAGUCUUCAUCUUCCACCUGCUGGAGGGCGGCCUGGCGGCACACGAUGGACAGCUCAGCAUCAACGACCGCGUCCUCGCCAUCAACGGACACGACCUGCGCUACGGAGCGCCAGAACACGCUGCUUUACUCAUCCAGGUCAGUCUACAGGGGUUAGAGGUUAGGGAGCAUUGGUUGGUAAUGGUGUGUUUGGUGUGUUUCUUGGAUCUGGGUCCUGGUAUAUUAUGGCUAAUAGUGGUUCUGGUUAAUUGCACUCUGUUGGCUGGCUUUGUCCCCGUCCAUUGCAGUUAAUUGUGGUUAAUUGUUGUGUGUCUGUGGUUGACUGGGCGCUGCUCUGCUGCUUGGCUGACGCUCUGCUUCCUGGUGGAUGCUGGGUAUUUGCGGUGGUGUGUUUCUGGUUGAUUGUGGGAUGUAGCUGUAGCUGUGUUCUCUUGGUUGUUGUCUGAGGAGACUGGUUUGCUCUUGGGGGUCUCUGAGGACCCAACAUGGCACACAGCAGACUGAUUCUGACAGAGAUUAAGAACUGGCGGGAAACCGAUUAAAUUAGUCAAAUUAAGGCGAUAACGAGCUGGACUGGGUAAUUUAGGAGCCAGCUCUGCGGCACAGAGAGCACAGGCACUCUCAAAUGAGCAACACAGGAGGGCGAGCUGUGUGUGUGUGUGUGUGUGUGUGUGUGUGUGUGUGUGUGUGUGUGUGUGUGUGUGUGUGUGUGUGUGUGUGUGUGUGUGUGUGUGUGUGUGUGUGUGUGUGUGUGUGUGUGUGUGUGUGUGUGUGUGUGUGUGUGUGUGUGUGUGUGUGUGUGUGUGUGUGUGUGUGUGUGUGUGUGUGUGUGUGUGUGUGUGUGUGUGUGUGUGCGUGCGUGCGUGCGUGCGUGCGUGUGUGUGUGCGUGUGUGUGUGCGUGUGUACUCAUGAAUGUGCACUCAUGAAUGUGUGUGCAUGCGCCUGAGUGUGUGUGUGCGAGAGUGUGCAUGUUCAUGCAAGUGAAUGAGGGAGUGAGUGAGUCGCUGUGUGAGUGGGUGGACAUGCAGCCUGAGAAAGAGACAAAAGAGAGUAAUAAAGAGACAGAGUGUGAAAAAGAAAGUUAGAGGAAAGGUUGUAGAGAGGGGAGAAAUACAGAUUGUUAGAAAAAAAGUUUAAAGGUGAGUUUUUGAGUUCAAGUUGGAAAAGUCAGAGUGAGAGGGUGAGGGCUGCAGAAAGACUGCAGUAUGAUGAGAGAGAAGACAAGAGAAAAUGGGGGUGAGAGUCACACUAAACAGGCUGCUUCCUGAAGCAAGUAAAAGGGUGCAAUUGAAAUGUGUGUGUGUGAGUGAGAGUUUUGUACACCACAUCUGCUUAUUAUUGGUGUUAAUUUCUCAGGGGUAAUAUAUAUUUUACUGCCUGGCCAAGCUCUGUGUGGGUGAUAUUUUCUCUUGAGCUCUCUUCAGGGGGUGGUAGGAUGAGGUAGAGAAUGUCCACAGGUUUACCUCAGGGCAUUUCCAUGUAAAAGGACCCAUGAGCACCAACAUGUGAAGUUCAAAAGAGCAUAUCAAAUUGGGUGUCAAAUGAAAAAUAAGAGAGAAAUGAAGGUAAAAAAAUAAAUAAUCCAACUUAAAAGUAAAGGCUUUGAUUUCUGAAAAGACAGAUGGAAACGGUGUCUUAGAAAACAUCUACCAGAAAAAGUUUUAAAAGAAAUACAUCAAAGUACAAUCAUGUUGACAUAAAGACCCCUGAUAACUAAUAUCAAGACUUAUAUUUAGUUUUGAAGAAAUUGUUUACCUUCUGUAAGUUUAGUUCCAUUUUUAGAUAUAUAUUUUUUUCGAUUAAUCAGGGGGUGAAUGGUAUGAAUGGUGGACCUACAAUUAGUUAUAGUGAUUUUACUGAUAUAAAAUGUGUUUAUGAAUUAUUACGUGAUUAAAACUCGUAAUUCCGUUACCAAAUUGGUAGCGAAAGUACCGAAAAAUCUGAAUUUCUGCAUCUGAAUUGGCUACAAUGGGAAAUCAUAAUAGUCACAAACCACAGUUGGGUCACCUGCUUCUGUCCUCCCUUCCACUGGCAUACUGUUAUGUUCAGCUGAUAACUGUUUUCUUUGUCUUUCUUUCGUCUGGUGGUCAAACCAAGAGUGUUAAAACAGUCUGAGUCUGGACAACCCCUCCCUCUCUCCCUCUCUGCCCUUCUCUCUCACUCUCCAAUUAAUGUCAACUCUCGUAGCUCAUACUGACACCUACCCAUGAGCCCCCUCUCUUUCCAUUUACUGUAACCAGCAUCCUCACCCACUGAGCAACGACCAACACCAGACGUCCAUGGACGUUUAAAAGUAGUUGAGAUUUGGUCAGUCUACUCUGGCCUUGAUGUUAAUGUCACAAUGGUGACGCUCGGAUCCACCUCUAUGCGGACGACGCCAUUUUGUAUACAUCUGGCCCUUCAUUGGACACUGUGUUAACAAACCUCCAAAUGAGCUUCAACGCCAUACAACACUCCUUCCGUAGCCUCCAACUGCUCUUAAACACUAGUAAAACUAAAUGCAUGCUCUUCAAUCGAACGCUGCUUGCACCCGCCCGCCCGACUAGAAUCACUACUCUCGGCGGGUCUGACCUAGAGUAUAUGGACAACUACAAAUACCUAGGUGUCUGGUUAGACUGUAAACUCUCCUUCCAGACUCACAUUAAGCAUCUCCAAUCAAAAGUUAGAUCUAGAAUCGGCUUCCUAUUUCGCAACAAAGCCUCCUUCACUCAUGCUGCCAAACAUGCCCUCGUAAAACUGACUAUCCUACCGAUCCUUGACUUCGGCGAUGUCAUUUACAAAAUAGCCUCCAACACUCUACUCAGCAAAUUGGAUGUAGUCUAUCACAGUGCCAUCCGUUUUGUCACCAAAGCCCCAUAUACUACCCACCAUUGUGACCUGUAUGCUCUUGUUGGCUGGUCCUCACUACAUAUUUGUCGCCAAACCCACUGGCUCCAGGUCAUCUAUAAAUCACUGCUAGGCAAAUCCCUGUCUUAUCUUAGCUCACUGGUCACCAUAGCAACACCCACCCGUAGUCUGCGCCCCAGCUGGUAUAUCUCACUGGUCAUCCCCAAAGCCAACACCUCCUUUGGCCGCCAUUCCUUCCAGUUCUCUGCUGCCAAUGACUGGAACAAACUGCAAAAAUCUCUGAAGCUGGAGACUCUUAUCUCCCUCACUAACUUUAAGCAUCAGUUGUCAGAGCAGCUUACCGAUCACUGCACCUGUACACAGCCAUUCUGAAAUUAGCCCACCCAACUACCUCAUCCCCAUAUUGUUAUUUAUUUUGCUCAUGUGCACCCCAGUAUCUCUAUUUGCACAUCAUCUUUUGCACAUUUAUCAUUCCAGUGUUAAUACGAAAUUGAAACUAUUUUGCACUAUGGCCUAUUUAUUGCCUUACCUCCAUAACGUACUACAUUCGCACACAUUGUAUAUAUCUUUUCUGUUGUAUUUUUGACUUUAUGUUUUGUUUACCCCAUAUGUAACUCUGUGUUGUUGUUUUUAUCGCACUGCUUUGCUUUAUCUUGGCCAGGUCGCAGUUGUAAAUGAGAACUUCUCAACUGGCUUACCUGGUUAAAUAAAGGUGAAAUUAAAAAAAUUAAAAAACAGAUGGACUGGACCAAAUCUGAACCUAUCAUAGACGUAUGUUUCACAAGUCUGGAUAACACAGUACAGUACAGUAGAGUACAGUACAGUGAGUAGAGCAUAGUAGAGUACAGUACAAUACAGUACAAUACAGUACAAUAGAGUACUGAGUACAGAGGGUACAGUACUGUAAAGUGAGUAGAGCACAGUAGAGUACAGUCCAAUACAAUACUGUAGUACAGUACAGUACAAUACAGUACAGUACAGUAAAGAAAAGUGUAUUAUAGUAUAAUACAGUACAGUAGAGUACAGUAUAUACUGAACUGUACUGUACUGUACUGGACUAUACUGUACUCUACUGCACUGCACUGUACUGAACUCUACCCUACUCUGCCCUGCUGUGCUGUAUUGUACUGCACUGUACUCUACUUUGCUUUGCUGUGAUGUCCAAACUUGUGAAACAUGAGGAGAAUGACAUUCAUAUCCAUAAUGAUGCAUUUAUGUGUUGUAUAGAUCAGGGAUGUCAUUCCUUUACUGAAAUUCCAUUACCGGGUGUAAAUCCACUUCACUUACUGUCGUAAAACAACCAAAAUACAUUUUUUCAAACUCAGUGUGCCAUGUCAUAGCUUACACCACAUUCUUUCUGCAGACAUGGUCGCAUAAAAACCUGAGAGAGAAUUUACCAUAAUUCCGUUACCAAAGUUUGCUUCUGCACAGUUCUUCCACAAAAUUAAUUUAUGUAAAUGUUACAGUCUAAAUUGUUGAAAGUAGUCCUUGAGCAUAGAGUUAUAUGGUUUGUUAAACUUUGAAAUCAAUGGUUUUUGUUUGUCAUACAUUUUAAAGUGAAAAAAACGGAGUCAAAGUCUAAUUCCGUUAUCAUGGAACUGCCCCUCAUACUCAUACAUACAUACCCUCAACACAGCAUCUGGGAUGAGCAAGAUGGGCCUGUUGGAGCUGUUAUAGUUUCUGUGUCUGACUCUAGUUAUGUGGCAGUGAAAGUUGUUUUUAUUAAGUGCUUGUUUGGAUAUCUGGAUCAACUUCAGUGAAGCUGUGUUCAGUGUUUAUUUAUGGGGUUCAACCAUAAUAUUCUUCUAAAAAGUGACUGUUUUGAGUUUGUCAUUCUUUUUUAAUUGCUGUGUGUGUCUGUCUGGUUCUGAGCUUGGUUGUGUUUGUCUUUUUGUCUCCUGUAGGCGAGUGAGGAGCGGGUCCACUUCAUAGUGUCUCGUCAGAUCUGUUUGCCCACGCCUGACAUCCUGCAGGAGGCUCCAUGGGGCAUGGACGGCCCCCCUCCAUACUCCCCAGUGGACAUGGAGCAUACGCUACUGGUUAGCAAUACAUAA